AUGGGGACGCUCGUGGCCAAACUGCUCCUGCCCACCCUCAGCAGCCUGGCCUUUGUCCCCACCAUCAGCAUCGCCGCCAGGCGGCGGUUCCACAUGGAGGCCAUGGUUUACCUCUUCACCAUGUUCUUUGUGGCGCUCCACCAUGCCUGCGAGGGGCCCGGCCUGUGGGUGGUCUGCUUCCUGCGCCGCGACGUCCUGGAGCACUUCAGCAUCUAUGGGACGGCGCUCAGCAUGUGGGUCUCGCUGAUGGCACUGGCCGACUUCGACGAACCCAAGAGGUCGACGCUGGUGAUGUUCGGCGCGCUGACCACCGCCGUCCGCAUCUACCACGACCGCCGGGGCUACGGCGUGUACUCCGGCCCCGUUGGCACGGCCGUCCUCAUCAUCGCGGCCAAGUGGCUGCGGCAGAUGAAGGAGAAGAAGGGCCUGUACCCUGACAAGAGCGUCUACGCCCAGCAGAUAGGCCCCGGCCUCUGCUUCGGGGCCCUGGCCCUGAUGCUGCGCUUCUUCUUCGAGGACUGGGACUACACGUACGUCCACAGCUUCUACCACUGCGCGCUGGCCAUGUGCUUCGCCCUGCUGCUGCCCAGGGUCAACCAGAAGGCCGGGAGCGCGGGGCCGCCAGCCCGGCUGGACUGCUCCACACUGUGUUGUGCCUGCGUCUGA